AUGGCUUCGAAUAACACUACCACUCUUCCAGCUGGAAACGAGUCUCCCACCUCCCUCAAACAUGAAAUACCCGCUCAAUCUCCAGACCUCGAACCACUCCAAUUACCCAACCCCCAAAGUCCUCCUAACAUCCCAAUGACUGUUCAAACCCUCCGACGUAUCUUUCAAGAUAAUUCACUUUCUCACGAAGAACAGGACGCCUUCGCCGAGAGUAUUCUCGCUAUUGUUCGCAAACAACCUAGUAAACCCAGGACCUAUCAACCUAUAGAUUUUGAAGAGGAGCUCGAGAACAUUAUUCUUGGGUGGGUUGACAGAGCUAUGAUGAAACCUCAGGCUGGUAUUUCAUCGAUUCGCGAUGAUUGGUCCGGUCAGCAGGGAGGGAUUAGGAUGGAGAUUCCCACUGCUAAUGGAGCCGACGAAAAUAAAGACAAUGAAGUUGUCGAAGUCACUGAAAGAGAAGGGGAAGAAGAUGAUGAAUAUGAAGACGAAGACGGAGAAGGUAACGGAGAGAAUGGAGGUUUUGACGAUGAUGAGGAGAACACGGUAUCCGAAAGCAAUGAUCUUGGAGAAGGAGGAGAAGAGGAAGGAGGAGGAGGAGAAGAGAGCGAGUCAUCUUUUAUCGAAGACCACUUUAUGAUCCGGGAGUACCCCGAAAUGCAAGCAGAACUCCCCUGGCACCAAACCCUCAGUCGAGAUAUCCUUCCUGAGCAUUUCGCCCUCUUCAAACGCUGCAUCACCCAACGUAUUCGCUACUGCAGCGGCGAGGAGAAAGAAGUCCUCUACGAAACUCUAACCGAAUCCCAAAUCGCUUGGCUUACAGAACCUAUCCCCGAAAACUCUAGGAUCAGAAUGCCCGAGAAGGAGCAAGUUUGGAUUGUCAUUUGGAGCGUUCUCAAGUUCGCCAGAUUGCUCCUACGAGCUGGUGGAGGAGUCAUUCAGGACAAUACUCGUAUCAACGAGUACGUUGCCAUUAUUGUUGGCGUUUGGUGGUUGGUUCAUGGUGAACCAUUCGACUAUAUCAGUAAAGCUCAACGAGGCGGCCCUGAGGUUUACAUGGGCGCCGAGGGCUGGAUUAUGUCUGAGGAGCCAUGGGCCGACAUGGUCCUAAGUGAAAGCUUGGGCGGAUCUUUUGAAGAGGUCCGCGAGCGCACCAAAGCUCGAAAGGAAGCCGAGAGGGCAACCGAGGGUGGUGAGGCUGAUCCCACCAAACCCUCCCAUACGGAGGCCGACGCCGAUAUUAUGUCGGCAAGAGAGGACCUCAUUCGGGGUAUUCUAGAAGAAGCCCUGAUGGGUACCACUCGAGGCUUGGGCGUUUGGUCCGAGUCCGUCGAGACGCAGUGGCAGAGGUCCCAAGCCGGGAAACCUCGUGCCGGGGCCGAGUAG